AUCAAUAUGGCCGAUUUUUACCGGUCGUGUGUUAUUGUAUUUACGUAAAAGUUCGUUAUUAAUAAUUUCGGCCCGUAAAGUUCUUAACAUCACUCUAUAAUCGUAUUUACUGCGUGUAAGAGAGCUGAUAGACAAUAAUGGAAGCACUUAUACCAGUUAUCAAUAAAUUGCAAGAUGUAUUUAAUACGGUCGGAGCAGAUGCCAUUCAGUUACCUCAAAUCAUAGUUUUAGGAACACAGAGUUCUGGCAAAAGUUCAGUGAUAGAGAGUCUGGUCGGGCGUUCUUUCCUCCCCCGUGGUCCCGGCAUCGUGACGCGACGCCCGCUGAUUCUGCAGCUGGUGUACAGCCCCAAAGAUAGCAAGGAGCAUCGGUCUGCAGAAGAAGGGACUGUAAACUUAGAAGAAUGGGGCAAGUUCCUGCACACGAAAGAAAAGAUCUACACAGAUUUCGACCAAAUCAGGCAAGAGAUAGAACGGGAGACGGACCGGAUGGCGGGCAACAACAAGGGCAUAUGCCCGGAAGCCAUCAACCUCAAGAUUUACUCCACCAAAGUUGUCAACCUCACCCUCGUGGAUUUACCUGGUAUCACCAAAGUACCUAUCGGUGACCAACCCGAGGAUAUAGAAAACCAAAUCCGAAACCUGAUAAUGAAGUACAUAGCUAAUCCGAACUCGAUAAUUCUGGCCGUGACCGCAGCCAACACGGACAUGGCAACCAGCGAGGCUAUUAAAAUGGCGAAGGAUGUGGACCCGGAUGGAAGACGGACCCUGGCUGUUGUAACUAAGCUUGAUCUCAUGGAUGCCGGAACCGACGCAAUAGAUAUCCUAUGCGGGCGUGUGAUUCCCGUGAAACUCGGUAUUAUCGGCGUCGUUAACCGAUCGCAGCAAGACAUUAUCGAUAAGAAAACCAUUACGGAUGCUCUAAAAGACGAAGCCACAUAUCUUCAAAGAAAGUACCCGACGAUUGCGACGAGGAACGGAACGCCAUACUUGGCCAAGACCUUAAACAGGCUGCUCAUGCACCAUAUCAGAGAUUGUCUGCCCGAACUCAAGGUCCGCGUGAACGUAAUGAUCUCCCAGUUCCAAACCCUACUGAACUCGUACGGCGAGGACGUGUCGGACAAGUACCAGACGCUGCUGCAGAUCAUCACGAAGUUCGCGAGCGCCUACUGCUCCACCAUCGAGGGCACGGCGCGCAACAUCGAGACCACGGAGCUGUGCGGCGGCGCGAGGAUAUGCUACAUAUUCCACGAGACCUUUGGCAGAGUUCUGGAUUCUAUUCACCCGCUAGUAGGCUUGACGCGCAUGGACAUCCUGACGGCGAUCAGGAACGCGACGGGACCCCGGCCCGCGCUGUUCGUGCCCGAGGUGUCGUUCGAGCUGCUCGUGAAGCGCCAGAUCCGCCGCCUCGAGGAGCCCUCGCAACGUUGCGUUGAACUGGUGCACGAGGAGAUGCAGCGGAUAGUGCAACACUGCGGCACGGAGGUGCAGCAGGAGAUGCUGCGCUUCCCGCGCCUGCACCAGCGCAUCGUGGACGUGGUCACGCAGCUGCUGCGCACCAGGCUGCCCGCCACCAACGCCAUGGUGGAAAACCUAGUGGCGAUCGAGCUAGCGUACAUCAACACCAAGCACCCGGACUUCCACCGCGAGGCGGCGCUGGUGUCGGGGCUGCUGCAGAGCACGGACGACGACGGCGCGGUGUUCCGGCACAAGGCCCGCGCCACGCCCUCGCCGGUAUCCACCCUGUUCAAACUGCUUCUCCGCCAAACGGGUGAAAGAGGGUCCAUCCUAGUAUUCAUGACGAAUAUCUGGGAUGCGUACAAUCAGCACGUACCGGCCAUCACGGACGGCCACGAGAACAAAACUCCGACACAAAAUCAUAACAGUGAAUCUCCAGUCACACCCCAGGUGAACGGUGGGACUCCGCCGGAAAAGGUGCUGACACCGCAGAAGCCGGUGAACCUGCUGCCCGAGGUGCCGAGCCAGCAGUCGCGCAAGCUCUCCGACAGAGAGCAGCACGACUGUGACGUCAUAGAGCGACUUAUAAAGUCAUACUUCUACAUCGUCCGCAAAUCGAUCCAAGACUCGGUCCCUAAGGCGGUGAUGCACUUCCUGGUGAACUACGUGAAGGACAACCUGCAGUCGGAGCUGGUCACGCACCUGUACAAGUCGGACCAGGCCGACUCGCUGCUCAACGAGUCCGAGCACAUCGCGCAGCGGCGCAAGGAGGCCGCCGACAUGCUGCGGGCUCUGCAGCGUGCGGGGCAGAUCAUCAGCGAGAUCCGGGAGACGCACAUGUGGUGAUGUUUCGCCGACGGAGAGGACUAGUCUGAAUUAGUUAAAUGAGCUAUGCUAGUGUGUUCCCAAUAGUCCCCCGCCGAGGCACAGAUGGGAAUGUGUGUACUCAAAAUCAUUCCCACUGUCCCCGCUUCAUGGGAGGGGGACAAAUGGGAAUACACCGCGAUGCUCCGUACUCUGUACAUACUCCUAGCGUAGGUGAACACGUGACGUGCAUUAGGCUUCGUACAUACAGAUGCUUUUACUUCAAUCACAAUUUGUGUAGCUCUCUUUGCUAAAUCAUAAGUAUUGUCACAAUUGUGUUAGUGAUGCUAUCAGAUGUCUACAAGUAUUUGAUUUGAAACCAAAAAAGGAAGUUUUUUUAACUAAUUUUUAGACUGAAUAUUAGUCGUAUUUAUGUCCACUUAUUGAAUGUGACACUGUAUGUCUGAUAAUGAUAAAUCCGAACUAUUAUUUGUUGAACAAAUGUUUCAGAUUAUUGUUGAUUGUUUGAUACGUGCAGGUUGUUUCUGAUCAUUUUACGUAAAUACGAGGAUUGGGUGAAUAUUUUAUACGCGUCUGUUAUAGAAGUUCUAAGAUGUAAAGUGCCAAUAAAAUUCGAGUUAUUUAGUCCCGCUCGCAACAAUAUUUAAACUGAGUGAUAAUUCCUCCGUAGUAAACCAAUUUUUAGUAACUUAAAACUGGUGAUUAGUGAUUUUGAUUAAUUCACACAUCAAUCGAAUAAGUGUUUUAAGGGCGGUUGCAGACUAGCGUUAUUUUUCUGCGCGUAAACGGUCUUUUCGGCGUUAUAACGCGACGCGCGGUCUAUACGCGCCCACACGCGCUUCCAAAAAUGCGCUUAUAGGCGCGUAUAAAACGCGCGUCUGUAAUCGGC